AUGGAUUCAGAAAUACCACAAGUGUUCCAGAAAGAACUCACUUGCUCUGUCUGCCUGAAGUACCUUAUAUACCCAGUCACCAUAGGCUGUGGGCACAGCUUUUGUUGGCCCUGUUUCUUCGUUCCCUGGGGACAAGCCCAAAUUCUUGCCUGUUGCCCUGUGUGCAGGGAGCCAUCACAGCAGGGAGAUGUCAAAAAUAAUAUUCUUCUGAAGAAUCUUACAUCUAUCGCAAGGCUGGCUCAUCUCAGGCAAUUCCUGAACUCUGAGAAAAAUAUAUGUGUGACCCACCAGCAGACAAAGAAGAUUUUCUGUGAGGAGAACAAGAACCUGCUCUGUUGGCUCUGCUGCAACCCUCAGGAGCACAGGGCUCACAACCACCCUUCAGUGGAAAGGGCUGCUGAGGAAUACCAGGUAAAGAUCACAAAAGAGCUGAGGAUCUGGAUGUGGAGGAGGUUAAAAUCAUAUUGGAAUUGUGAUCUAGACAAUCUCUCUCUACAGUACUAUGUGUAUCUCAGGGAAGAGCUGAUCAGGGCUGAGUACAGGAAACUACAUCCAGUUCUUCAUGAGGAGGAAAAUCGACAUCUAGACAUUCUUAGAAAGGAAAGCAAAAGAAUUUUAGAGGAACUCAAAAAAAGUGAAGCCAAUAUGGUUCAAAAGAAGAAAGACUUAAGAGAAAUAUAUGAGGAGCUGGUGAAAAUGUCCCAUAAACCAUAUGUGGAGCUGCUCCAGGACUUGGGAGACCUAUUGGCCAGGAGUGAAUCAGUGCAGCUGCACUUGCCUCAGCCAAUAAAGCCAGCACUUCCUGCCCAGACCAUCACUGGACUGAUAGACAGGCUCAAGUGUUUCCAAGUGGAAAUAUCCUUUGAAAAUACAGUGUCCAGUGAUAACCUCAAGCUAUUUGAUGAUGUGAGAAGUUUGAGAUUUGGCCACGUCCUUCCAGACUUAUCUUUGAAUUCUGAUGGAAUUAAAUAUUUUGCUGCAUGGGGAACAGAGACUUUCAACUCUGGGAAACUGUACUGGGAAUUAGAUAUGAAGGACCCUUUGAACUGGGCUGUAGGAGUCUGUAAGGAUUCCUGGAUAAGAAGGAAUGGCACAGUGAUUGAAUCCGAAGAUGUGUUUCUUCUCCUUUUUGUCAAGGAAGAUGAUGACCAUAGUCUCUUGACAACCUCCCCAAUGCUUUCUCACUAUAUAGAGAAGCCUCAGGGCCGAGUUGGUGUGUUCCUUGAUUUUGAGAGUGAAAGUGUGAGUUUUGUGAACGUUGCCAAGAGUUCUCUUAUAUGGCGGUACCCUUCAGGCUCUUUGAAUUUCCCAGUCAGGCCUUUUGUUCACACUGGCCACAAGUGA